UUCAGUCGCCGCCACUGCUUCCAGCGCGCAUGCUCAUUAGCUCGCUCCCCCUCUCCACACUCACAGUCAACAUGGCGGACGUCCUGGAACUUCACGAAGCGGGCGGCGAGGACUUUCCUAUGGAUGAGGAUGAAAGCAUCCACAAGCUGAAGGAGAAAGCCAAGAGAAGGAAAGGACGAGGGUUCGGCUCUGAUGAAGGCGCCAGGUCACGCAUGAAAGAAGAUUACGACACUGUGGAGCAAGAUGGGGACGAGCCGGGUCCCCAGCGAUCUGUGGAGGGUUGGAUCCUGUUUGUGACGGGUGUACACGAGGAGGCCACUGAGGAGGACAUCCAUGACAAGUUCUCUGAGUUUGGCGAGAUCAAGAACCUGCACCUCAACCUGGAUCGGAGGACAGGAUACCUUAAGGGUUACGCUCUGGUGGAGUACGAGACCUACAAAGAGGCACAGGCUGCCAUGGAGGGCCUCAACGGCCAGGACAUGAUGGGCCAGCCCAUUAGCGUGGACUGGGGCUUUGUCCGCGGACCCCCCAAGAACAGACGCAGGACCGGCGGACGACGACGCAGCAGGAGUCCCGAGAGGCGACGGCGUUAAACAAGAAAACGCGUCCAUGUGCCAAUAGAAUAGAAUAGAUUUUUGUCAUUGUCACACAUGUACAACAAAUAAAAAGAUAAAACAAAUACAA